AUUCGCCGCCUGUAAUGGCGGAGCCGCCGGUGAUAGGCGGGCGCGGCCCCACGCUGCCAUAUUGGAGCUCACGCGCGCAUUCACACACACGACAUGGACGCGAAGCAGCGGUCUGAGCGGAGAGUCCGUGCCCAGAGUGACGGGCAGCGUGUCGCCGCUUGCCCCGGGCCCGGAAGAAGUCCUGCGGUACCGCUCCCCUCUGGUGUCCCGAUAUGCCAGCCGGGAAAUGGCCUUCAACUUCAGCGACAGCAAGAAAUUCCAGACCUGGAGGCGGCUGUGGUUGUACCUGGCGCAGGCCCAGCGGAGCCUGGGGCUACCAGUGUCAGAGGAGCAGAUCCAAGAGAUGGAGGCCAACUUGGAGAACAUAGACUUCAAAAUGGCAGCUGAGGAGGAGAAGCGCUUGCGGCAUGAUGUCAUGGCCCACGUGCAUACAUUUGCACACUGUUGUCCCAGAGCAGCACCCAUCAUUCACCUGGGAGCCACUUCCUGUUAUGUAGGGGACAAUACUGACCUUAUAGUGCUGCGUGAUGGCCUUGAUCUACUGCUUCCAAAGCUUGCUCGGGUCAUAAGCCGCUUGGCUGACUUUGCAGAACAAUACGCUGAUCUUCCAACCUUAGGAUUCACCCACUAUCAACCGGCCCAGCUGACCACUGUAGGAAAACGUGCUUGUCUGUGGCUUCAAGACCUGUGCAUGGAUUUGCGCAAUCUGGAGCGAGCCAGGAAUGAACUCCGCUUCCGCGGGGUAAAGGGCACAACCGGAACACAGGCCAGCUUCUUGCAGCUAUUUGAGGGAGACCAUGACAAGGUAGAAGAGUUAGACAGACUGGUGACCAGUAUGGCAGGAUUUAAAAGGGCAUAUAUAGUUACUGGACAAACCUAUAGUCGUAAAGUGGAUGUAGAAGUAUUGUCUGUCCUGGCCAGCUUAGGAGCCACAGUCCACAAGAUAUGUACUGAUAUUCGUUUGUUAGCCAACUUGAAGGAACUUGAGGAGCCAUUUGAGAAGGAGCAAAUUGGAUCUAGUGCGAUGCCCUACAAGAGAAAUCCCAUGCGCUCCGAGCGUUGCUGCAGCCUGGCCCGUCAUCUCAUGACACUUAUUAUGAACCCGCUGCAGACGGCUUCUGUACAGUGGUUUGAGCGUACUCUGGAUGACAGCGCCAAUAGGCGGAUUUGCUUGGCAGAAGCUUUUCUAACUGCAGAUAUCAUACUCAGCACUCUGCAGAAUGUCUCUGAAGGGCUUGUGGUUUACCCUAAGGUGAUUGAAAGGCGCAUCCGCCAAGAGCUUCCAUUCAUGGCCACAGAGAACGUGAUUAUGGCUAUGGUGAAAAGUGGAGGGAAUAGGCAGGACUGCCAUGAGCGUAUCAGGGUGCUGUCUCAACAAGCUGCUGCUGUAGUAAAACAGGAAGGUGGUGACAAUGACCUGAUCAGCAGGAUCCGAUCUGACCCCUACUUUGCUCCAAUUCAUGGACAACUAGAACUACUGAUGGAUCCAAAAUCUUUUAUUGGGAGGGCUCCUCAACAGGUGGUGAGGUUUUUAAAGGAAGAGGCAAUUCCGCUGCUGACCCCCUACCAGAAUAAAAUGGAUGUGAAGAUUGAGCUGGACCUUUGAUAUGUGCCAAGAUGAGAGAUAUAUUUAUUUUGGAAAUUAAAAAAAAAUUGAUGAA